UGCUAGAACUUUGUCCAAUAGGGAUGGCAAUGACCAAGUAGACUAAUUGCAUUUUCUGUCUCUGGAGUUUAACUCUGAGACCUGGAGAGAGUUAGGCAGAGAGCAAGAACAGAACCGGAAAGACAAGCAGGGAAUCAAGCGUGGACAGGGGAGCUGACAGCGGACCAGGGCUCGGGGGACUCCUGCUGCUCAGCAGCCACGGGGCAGAGGGUGUUGAGUCUCCAUCAAUCCCCUAGUGCCCACGCUGGGUGCCGGUCUCCGGAUGCCCGGCCCAGGCUCCUGGAUGUCUGCUGCCUGCGUUUCCACAUGGACUCUCGAAAGAAGCCCCCUUUACGAGACAACCUCAGCGCAUGGAUACGGCCCGCAUUGCGGUUGUGGGCGCAGGCUUGAUGGGGCUCUCGACCGCCGUGUGCAUUCCCACGCUGGUCCCACGAUGCUCCGUUACCGUCAUUGCAGACAAGUUUACUCCCGAUACGACGAGUGAUGUGGCAGCCGGAAUACUUAUUCCGCACGCUUAUCCAGACACACCCGUUCACAAGCAGAAGCAGUGGUUUAGAGAGACCUUUGACCACCUAUUUGCAAUUGCCAAUUCUGCAGAAGCUGGAGAUGCUGGUGUUUAUCUGGUGUCUGGUUGGCAGAUAUUUAGGAGCAUGCCUACUGAAGAAGUGCCAUUCUGGGCUGAUGUGGUUCUGGGAUUUCGAAAGAUGACCGAGGCUGAGCUGAAGAAAUUCCCCCAACAUGUGUUUGGUCAGGCUUUCACAACCCUGAAAUGUGAAGGCCCUGUCUACCUCCCAUGGUUGGAGAAAAGGGUAAAAAGAAGCGGGGGCCUGAUGGUCCCCCAGCGAAUAGAAGACCUGUGGGAGCUUCACCCGUCCUUCGACAUCGUGGUCAACUGUUCAGGCCUUGGAAGCAGACAGCUGGCAGGAGACUCGACGAUUUUCCCCGUGAGGGGCCAAGUGCUCAAAGUUCAGGCUCCCUGGUUGAAGCAUUUUAUCCGAGAUGGGAGUGGGCUGACAUAUAUUUACCCUGGUAUAUCCAACGUAACCCUGGGUGGAACUAGGCAAAAAGGAGACUGGAAUCUGUCCCCAGAUGCAGAAAUUAGCAGAGAUAUUUUUUCCCGAUGCUGUGCUCUGGAGCCCUCCCUCCACAGAGCCUGCGACAUAAGGGAGAAGGUGGGCUUGAGGCCCUCCAGGCCAGGCAUCCGGCUGCAGAAAGAGCUCCUGGCCCAGGACAGCCGGAGGCUGCCUGUGGUCCACCACUAUGGCCACGGGAGUGGGGGCUUCUCCAUGCACUGGGGUACUGCUCUGGAGGCUGCCAGGCUGGUGAACGAGUGUGCCCAAGCCCUCAGGAGCCCCGCCCCCAAGUCAAACCUGUAGAUGACAUGAAAUGACAGCAAAUGGCUCCGCAGACUAUUGAUCAAAAUACACUUUCAGCACCAGAACAGCUUCAAAUAACUUUUCCAUUGCAUGAAAAUUUAAUUAAACAUGACUUUGCUUUCAAAAUUAAAAAUGAUGCAAUAUGUAUCGGCAGACUGAGGACUAGUACUGAUCUAAUCGAGUAUUAGGCUUAAGGCUGGCACUGAUGACAUAGAGCAUGAAGCUCUAUUGUUGUUAAAAAUAAGUAAGAUUUCUUUUAGAUCUGGUGUCCCGGGAUCUAUGUUAAUUUGUAUGGAUGCUGGAAGUUGUAGCGAUUAUGACACUUUUUGGCUCAUAAAUCCACGGGAGGAGAUAACGUAUGGAAAACACUUAGUCCUUGUCAGUUACAGAGCUGCCCAUGUUGCUCUUAGGUUGUAGUCAAGUGAACAUUAUAAUUCCUCUAAAUAAAAUUACACAGUGAUCAUGCAAUUCAAGCUUAUUAAAUAUUUAAUGGAAGACAAAGCAUGAUUCCUGCUAGUUCUACUGGCAACCUCUUCCUCCCUUCGGCUGGUAAUGAUGGUAGGAGAAAGGGAUGAAGUUGCCUACAGGCAUGGCAUCAACUCAAUAGCUGUCUGGGGUCAAUCACCUAAGGGGCGAACUUUCCAUUACCGCAAAUGAUUGAGAGCUGGCUUGUUGGAUGGGUGACUUUGCCUAAGCAUUUUUGAAGAGUGAAUAGCACGUGCAGCCAAAGAGCUAAUUUGCUAAUUAAAAUGGAACAAUCAUUCUCAAUGAAAUAUCAGCAAAGAGUUUUCUGCAAGUUGUUAAAAAGUAUUGGGGAGGAGGGGGAACGGGUCUCAUGAUAAAAUGUGUUCGGGACUUGCUGGAUUAAGUAAAUCUAACCUGGUGUCUUGCC